AUGGAACCGAAUCAUCAGAGGGGGAGUGAUAAUAAAGUGAAGGAGAAACAUGAAUAUGUGAAGGGAAUUCUAUCGGAGAAAAGUAAUGGUUUCAUUCAGUGUUUUGAAUCCGAAAAUGAGGGCUUGUAUGUGACUGCCACAAACUGCAGGAAUCUUCGGUCCUCAUCAGCAGAACCAACAAGAGUCAUGACUUGCCAAGCAGCGGCGAUUGCACUCGACCCACCCUUUCGACAAACGCACUGUUCCUUUUGCGCUUCUUCUGGAACCACAUUGUACGCAUUGGAAGGCUGCAGCAUGGUAUCGGCAUGCACCUCUUGUGGUCCUCUCUUGAUGAAGGAUGGAUACCAUCGCUCGAACGAGUUUGCCAUAUUGGAGAAAAUGGAGGCUACCUUUGGUCCUUCCAUUGACUCUAUCUUUGUCUUGACCGUCAGACUACUUUGUUGUCAAAGCAGCAAGGACUGGUGGAAACUGUUUUGUCGUCUUUACGAACACCCAACGGACGACUCAAUGGAAGACAACAUUGAUCUCAUUUGCUCCCAUCUGCCAGCACCUGCAAAUGAUAAGGGUCUCUUUCGGGAGACUCUGGGAAGAGUUCUUGGUUGCAGUCACAACAUUACUGAUUUCUCAAGGCCGCUGGGGAAUCAAUCGUUGGGUCGGGCCAUUUUCCUGGAACACAGCUUUUACAAUCACUCUUGCGUUCCAAAUGCUUAUCUUUCCUGUAACAUUCGCCACCUACCGGACGGCAGUGCCAUCUCUACCUUGACCGCCGAUGUUCAUCUGUUAGAAACGGUUCAAGAAGGAGAUGAAAUUACCAUAAGUUACAUACCCAUGUCGGGCUUGUCGACUCGAGAGAGAAGAAAGACACUGCAGGAAGGAUAUGGGUUUGAUUGCAACUGCCGCGCUUGUACGUCAUUGGAACCUGCCAUUUCGAUAACAGAAUCCAUGGAUGUCCAAUCGCUGCGAGAGAUUCAAUAUAACUGUAACGAGCGCUUGUUGACUCGAAAGAAUAAGGAACAACAGCCGUCACAAUCUCAUACCACAAGAAUGCAGAGAUCAAAUCAAGAGGGAGACGACAGAGCCAGUAGUGAGAAGGAUGGCCAGGCUGAUGAUGAAGUCGACCAAGUGAUUGCUCUUGUUCAAAUGACUCAACGGGGCAUUCGAAAUCAAGGAAUUCCCGAAACGCACGAAGUCAGCGUGGAAUCGCAUCGACUCUUAGCUUUGGCAUAUUCCAUUUUGGAAGACUGGGUCCCGGCCAAAGAGCACCACGAGAACUUUCUAAAAUUGGCAAACAAGGUCAAUGACUUAUUCGACCCUGUUGCAUUGGGACUUCAGUUGCUUGAAUACGCGAAUGCAUUGAAACAGGUGGGGGAUCGGGAAAUCACUCGUUCGGCUCGGAAACGUCAAGAGGGCUUGAGUAUGCUUCAGCGUGCCCUCGGCAAGAAUCAUGAUUGGUUAGCUAUGCUUUCAUCAGAAGAGUCAUCGCCACCACGCGAUACCACCCCGAAGCGAAAAUCUGACGAUACCACGAGCGAGAGUGAUGAACUCCCUGACAAACGGAGCAAGGUGAAAGGAGACUCAUGA